CGCGGAGCAGGAUGAAGCGGGCUGGCGAGCUAUAAAAGACGACAUGCGCAACGCUCAUUCCCCAGCUCCCUUCAACUCUUCUACUUCUGAGCUCAUCGACAGUAACGGUGCCGGUCGCCUUACUUGAUUACGGAGAAACGAUCCUCACGCUAGUCUCCCCACACUCUCACUUUUCUUCGCCGCGCCCUAUCUGCACUUACGCACCCCUAUCCCUACGCACCCCAACGAAUCAAACACCAUGCGCACCAGUGCCCUCCUCGCUUUCGUUCUCGCUGCUGUCUCUGCGGCGCCGGCUUCAGCCCUGCCCAUCGACAUUGCCGACAUCAUCGCGCGGGAAGCAAGCCUGUACUCCCGUGUGCCGACGCGUGCAUUGGCCGCUCGAGGUCCCGUCAGGACGCCAGUGAAGGGCGGCGGCGGCGGCGACAAGCCCAAACCCAAGCGCGAGGAUUACGACUUCGAGCUUUUCGAGCGCGAUGCUACGCCUGUUCUCGCCGCUCGAAGUCCCGUCAAGACGCCAGUGAAGGGUGGCGAGCCAAAGCCAAAGCCCAAACCCAAGCGCGAGGAUUACGAUUUUGCGCUCUUCGAGCGCGAUGCCACACAUGUUCUCGCCGCUCGAGGUCCCGUCAAGACGCCGGUGAAGGGCGGUGAUCCCAAGCCCAAGCCCAAGCCCAAGCGCAGCGACGAGUCGCAGUUCAACGUCUUUGAGGAACGGAGUUGGGAGUGGUUGGAUGACCUGGAGUGA